AUGUCGAAUUUCAAUGUUUUGACACCCAAAACCACAAACCAGACUUCAAUGUUAACGAUGACUACACCUACCAAUACUUCGUGGAGUUCAAUUCAACCUUCGGCUGGUUUCGCCUUAGGGGGUAAUACCCAACCAACUUCCAUUGGAUUUUCAUUUGGUGGUACCACACAAGCAUCACCUGGCUCCACGUUGGGUGUUACAAGCCAACCAUUUACUGGCUUUUCAUCAGGAACAACUUCAGCAUCUACUGGAUUCUCUUUAGGUACAACUCAAGCAUCUAAUUCUUUCUCAUUGGGCAGAUAUCAAACAUCAACUGUUUUUUCUUCGGGUACAACUCCAACUGCAUCUUCUGGUUUCUCAUUAGCUAGUAACAACCAAACGUCUACUGGUUUUUCAUUAGGUAAAACCACACAAGCAUCUACUAGUUUUUCAUUUGCUAAAACCACACAAGCAUCACCUGGCUCCACGUUGGGUGUUACAAGCCAACCAUUUACUGGCUUUUCAUCAGUAACAACUUCAGCAUCUACUGGAUUCUCUUUAGGUACAACUCAAGCAUCUAAUGCUUUCUCAUUGGGCAGAUAUCAAACAUCAACUGUUUUUUCUUCGGGUACAACUCCAACUGCAUCUUCUGGUUUCUCAUUAGCUAGUAACAUCCAAACAUCUACUAGUUUUUCAUUUGGUAAAACCACACAAGCAUCACCUGGCUCCACGUUGGGUAUUACAAACCAACCCUCUACUAGCUUUGCAUCAGGAACAACUUCAGUAUCUAGUGGAUUCUUAUUAGGUACAACUCAAGCAUCUAAUUCUUUCUCAUUGGGCAGAUAUCAAACAUCAACUGUUUUUUCUUCGGGUACAACUCCAACUGCAUCUUCUGGUUUCUCAUUAGCUAGUAACAUCCAAACAUCUACUGGUUUUUCAUUAGGUAAAACCACACAAGCAUCUACUAGUUUUUCAUUCAGUAAAACCACACAAGCAUCACCUGGCUCCACGUUGGGUAUUACAAACCAACCCUCUACUAGCUUUGCAUCAGGAACAACUUCAGUAUCUACUGGAUUCUUAUUAGGUACAACUCAAGCAUCUAAUUCUUUCUCAUUGGGCAGAUAUCAAACAUCAACUGCUUUCUCUUUGGGUGCAACUCCAACUGUUUCUACUGGUUUCUCAUUAGCUAGUACCACCCAAGCAUCCACUGGUUUUUCAAUAGGUAGCACCACACAGGCAUCUACUGGUUUAUCGUUGGUUACAACUCAAGCAUCUACUGUUUUUACUUGCUCUUUGGGUACAACUCCAGCAAGGUCUACCAGUUUAUCAUUAGCUGGUACCACUCAAGUAUCUACUGGGUUCUCAUUUGGUAAAACCACACAAGCAUCAACUGGCUUGUUGUUGGGUGUUACAAACCAAUCCUCUACUGGCUUUUCAUUGGGAACAACUUCAGCAUCCACUGGAUUAUCAUUAGGUACAGCUCAAGCAUCUACUGCUUCUACUUUUACUUUCUCUUCGGGUACAACUCCAGCAAUGUCUACCAGUUUAUCAUUAGCCGGUACCACUCAAGCAUCUACUGCUUCUACUUUUACUUUCUCUUCGGGUACAACUCCAGCAAUGUCUACCAGUUUAUCAUUAGCUGGUACCACUCAAGCAUCUACUGCUUCUACUUUUACUUUCUCUUCGGGUACAACUCCAGCAAUGUCUACCAGUUUAUCAUUAGCUGGUACCACUCAAGCAUCUACUGUUUUCUCAAUGGGCACCAAACAAGUAUCUACUGGGUUCUCAUUUUCCACAACUAAAGUAUCAACAGGUUUAUCUUUGGGUACGCCUUCAGCAGUUCCUACUGGUUUCCUAUCAGGCACAACAAGCACUUCUGGACUUUCAUUGAGCUCUUCUGGAAAAACUACAGACCAAGCUACUACAAUACAAACUACUUCAGCAAUUACUACAAAAGCUCCACCUGAGUAUCCAUCUACUAGAUUACCAUCUCAAUUAGAUAGUCAAUCCAGUGCAGUUCAACAUACAAAUUUUCAACAGCUUAUUGAUUUAAUUAAUAACUGGACUGUCAAUUUAGAAAAUCAAGAAAAACAAUUUAUUAAUCAAGCAAAUGAAAUAACCGUUUGGGAUAAUAUAUUAGCAAAUCAAUCUACUAAAUUGGUAAAACUGUAUGAUAUUCUGGAGCAAAAAGAAAAAGAACAAGUGGAUAUUGAAAAUGAACUUGACUUCUUGUUAUCCCAACAAAAGGAACUUGAAGAUUGUUUAAUUCCAAUAGAACAAGAAUUACAAUCUGCUGAAGUAUUAAGUAGCUUGAACCAAUACAAUGAAAGAGAACCAAUAUAUAAAACUGCUCAAGAAAUUGAUAACCAAGUAAAACUACUGUCAGGGGAUAUAAAAGAAAUAGUCAACAGUUUAAACAGAGCCAACUCGAAAAAAGAUUCUAAUGAUGAUCUGAAUACUAUUUGUCGUAUAUUGAACUGUCAUAUGACAGCAUUACAGUACAUAGAACGCAAUGCAGACAAUUUAAGUUCAAUGGUAUCUGAAAUGAAUGAAGAGCAUUCUCGUUUUUUUACAGCUGCUAAUGAUAACUCUUUGUCUUCCUUCAGGAAAUAA